AUGUCAGUUUUCCAUUACGAACCCUUUUACGACUUCGACCGCUUCCUCGAGGACGCAUUCGUCCCACGCGCUUGGACCGGUGGGGAGCAGCAGCCAGUUCAGAGGCGUGCCAUCGGCGGGAGCGAUACCACCGCCGAUGGGGCCGUUCGCGCUUUGAAACCAAGGAUGGACUUACACGAGGACAAAGAGAAAAACCUCGUCACUGCUACCUUUGAGCUUCCAGGCUUGAAGAAGGAAGACAUCCAUCUCGAGAUUCAGAACGGUCGCUUGUCCGUUUCUGCUGACAGCAAGAUUUCUAAGGAUUAUGAAGAGGGAGGGUAUGCGGUUCGUGAGCGCCGCUAUGGGAAGUUUUCGAGGACUCUUCAGCUUCCUCAGGGUGUCAAGGACGAUGGAAUUAAAGCGUCUAUGGAUAAUGGUCUUUUGACCAUUACGUUCCCCAAGACGGCUGAAAACCUUGCACCCAAGAAGAUUACUAUUUCUUAAAUCUCUCUCGACAAAAUGACUCGGGUUACAAGUUAAUCCAACUGUAUAAUGUACCAUACUCUUGUAUUCAUCGUAACAGCUUCAAUUUUACAUUGCACUUCUUUC